CCAUGGGACCCACUGUCCUCAGGACCAUCUCAGGCCAGAUCCAGCAGGCUCCAGGCUCGCGGCCCCGCUCUCAGGAGAGUCAGCCCCAGCGCCAUGAGGAGCAUCCUGGUCCUCGGCCUCCUGGCCGCGCUCACCGUGGUGGCUGUAGAGUCCCUGGAGUGUGCCCAAUGUUACUCAUUUUCACCCGACUGUAACGCUGACCCCAGCCCAUGCCCUGAAGAUGCCAGCGGGAGCUGCUGCACUUCCUCGGCCAGCUGGCCUGUAGAUGGAGAGCUCAAAAGUUACCAUGAGAAGUUCUGCUCAGGACUUCCGGCUGGCACGUCUUUGGGUUUUGCUAUCCGGGUGACUGGGCAGAAACCUGCCUGGUUUACAACCCACUGCUCCCAGGAGACUUGCAGUGCCAUGUCACUUGCUGAAGACUUCCCAGAGAGUGGGAGCGGCAACACCCAGUGUCCUGCCUGCCUAGGAUCUAACGUCACCUCCUGUGUUGGGACACCCCAGACGUGCAACGCAGGAGAGCAGUGCAUCGACCUCUAUGCAGAAGUUGUCGUUGGCGGCGCCGUGCAGUACCGGCUGGCGCUCAAAGGCUGCUCCAGCAUCAAGGAGGCCGCCUGCAACUACCUGUCUGCGGGGAACAUCGCCGUGGGGAACGUGGUCUUCAGGCACCUGCAGUGCAGCCCAGCCCUCCCCAGCAGCGCCACCUGCAGCUCGGGCCUGGGCCCGGCCACCCUGCACUCCUGAAUCUGUCCAAGGUCUCAGGCUGGGGCGGCGGCUGCUCCAU